AUGUUCAUUGGAGUUGUCGUCUUGGCACAGUUCAUGUGUCUUGCAGGUCUGGGUCAAGCCAUCGCUCCGGUCAAGAUUAUAGCCUCUGGACUAGGUGUCGACAAUCCUGGUCAAGAAGCCUGGUUCUCGGCGGCAUACAGUCUCACUACUGGUACAUUUAUCCUGAUCGCCGGACGGCUGGGUGAUAUCCUCGGUCACAAACGCGUGUUUGUGUUCGGGUACCUGUUUCUUGGAAUCUGGUCCGGAUUCGCCGGGUUCAGUGCUUACGUCGGCAGGCAGAUCUUUUUCGACGUCUGCAGAGGCAUGCAAGGUAUCGGCAGCGCUUUACUGGCUCCCAACGCUCUCGCACUGCUUGGCCGCGCAUACCCUCCUGGCAUCAAGAAAAAUCUCACCUUUGCGCUGUUCGGGGCCAUGGCACCCUGGGGAUUUGUAAUCGGUGCGCUUUUCGGAGCUCUCUUCUCGCAGACCACGUGGUGGCCCUGGACGUUCUGGAGCUAUGGUGCCGCAGCAUUCGCCCUGUCAGCAUUCUCGUUGCUCGUCGUGCCCAAACAAUUAGCCAAGGAGGCUCAAUUCGCUGGCGUCACCAAUGUACCUGGGUUUGACUGGACGGGUAGUGCGCUGGGUGUCAUCGGCCUGGUACUCGUCAACAUCGCCUUCAACAACGGACCCCUGUACGGGUGGUCCACGCCUCACGUGUACUUUGUCCUCAUCAUUGGCGUGCUGGUACUGGUCGCAUUCCUCUGGGUUGAACGUCGGGCUGAGUCUCCGCUACUACCUGUGUCCGCCUUCAACGGAACAGUCACUUAUACCAUGGCUCUGAUCGGCAUCGGUUGGGGCAGCUUCGGUAUCUGGAUCUACUACUCAUGGCGCUUCCUCGAGGAGUUCCGCCACUUGUCACCGCUCAAUGUGUCUGCACAGUUCACGCCCGCCUUGGUCUGCGGACUCAUCGCCGCUGGUGCUACAGGCUUCAUGCUUACACACACUCCCGUAUCGUUCACAAUGCUAAUCGCCAUGCUGGCCUUCUUCGCCGGACAAGCAAUCUCGGCUUUCAUGCCUGUGCAUCAGACUUACUGGCCUCAGAUGUUUGUUUCCAUCCUCAUCAUGCCUUUCGGUAUGGACAUGUCCUUCCCUGCCGCCACUGUCAUUCUGUCCAACCAUAUGCCUCGCGAACACCAAGGUCUUGCGGCUUCGUUAGUAAACACCAUGGUCAACUACUCAAUCUCGCUGGCUUUGGGUAUCGCUGGCACGGUCGAGGUAUCAGUCAUGGCUCACGAUGGUACGCUCGAAGAUGCGAUAUGGGGUGUCCGAUGCGCUUUCUUCACUGGUCUCGCGCUUGCUGGUUGUGGUGUUUUGCUUGGUGUGUCAUACUUUAUAAAGUCGAUGAUCAAGGAAGGCUGGAAGGUGGCGCAGCACUAA